UGAAUGAUGAUAUAUAUCUAUCUCUCUCCACACACAUCAUUUAGAAUGCCACUUUGUUCUUUGUGAAGAAGAAAUAAGAGAUGGAAGAGGGAAUGCAAUGCACCAACAUUAAGCACCCUCACAGGAACAACCCCGCAGCCAUAUGCGCCUUUUGUCUCCAAGAAAAGCUUCGCAACCUUCACUCUCCUCCCUCCACUUCCUCCCUUAACCCAAACAACGUUAACACUCCCACCACUAAAAGAAACGCCUUCUGGUCCUUCAUCUACCCUUCUUCCAAGCCCAAGCCCAAGCCCAAGCCCAAGCCCAAAUGCUCCACCUCCCAAGAGGACACCUCUUUGGUUUCUCGAUCCAGAUCCGUUGGCUGCGGCACCAGGACCUUCUCCCGGGAUUGCACUCUCCGGAGAGUCCAGUCUCAGCGCCAUGCCCAUGAUGCCAUUGCCGGGGGUAGGACUUGGGCCUGGGCCUGGGCCUUUGCUAGUCCUAUCAGGGCUUUCACCACCAAGGCCUCUUCCAAGAGAGAUAACAACCUAUCAUCCAUUCCUUCUUUGCUCGCUGUACGAUAACCACCUUUUUAUUUGCUUUAUGCACAUUACCAUCUUCUUAACUACUGCAUGUACGUGUAUUGCCUCUAUCUUAAUUUCAUGCCAAAGUGAAUCUAGUGUAUUCUUUGUCUUUUCUGUAUCGUAGUAAUUCGAUUCACACUAUGAUAUGCUAUGUCAAUGUCAAUGAUGAAAAUUUAAUUUAUAUAUAUAUAUAUACUUUUUCUAGA